CGAGCGGCCCUACGAGUGUCCGCACUGCGACCGCCGCUUCUCCAUGCCUAGCAACCGCGACCGGCACAUCGUCGUGCACACGGGCGAGAAGCGCUACCAAUGCCAGCACUGCCACCGGCGCUUCACGCAGAGCAGCGCCGUCAAGCUGCACAUCCAGACCGUGCACCUCAAGAUCCCCUACGCGCCCUGGGACAAGAAGAACCGCAAGCGGCGCAAGGAACUAGAAGGCACGUCGGCACCUGUGAGUACCGUAGACCCGGUAAGCGCGUCUUUUCCCACCAACCCUCACAAGCUGAUCCUGGAAGCGCAGAGCGACUAUCUCAACGCGUACAUCACUUAUAACGACGAGUAGUGUGUGGGAACGAUCAUAAUAAAGCCUUGGUUACACCCAAGCGGAGAG